AUGAGUCCCUCUGCCAGCCUGCUGCUGCUGCUCCUGCUCGGCCUCUCUCUGGCUCAUCCUCUCCAGGAGGAAGGAAGCAAACAAGUCCCAGACACUGUCGACAUCACCACCAGGAUCCUGACCUCUAACAAUGCCACCAAUGAGAUCCUGCUGGAAGGAGACCUGCUUGCUCCCAGAACCAGAAAUGCCAUGAUGUGCUGGUCCCAGAGCUGCCUGUGGAGGAAAGCCUCCAACGGCUUGGUGAUGAUCCCCUUCACUAUGAGCAGUGAGUUCACCAGCUGGGAGAGGCAGACGAUCGAAUACGCCAUGCAGUCCUUCCACAGCAGUACCUGCAUCCGCUUCGUCCCCCGUCAGAACGAGUACGACUACAUCAGCAUCGAGAACAGAGCCGGAUGUUUCUCCUCUCUGGGCAGAGAGGGAGGCGGACAGGUGCUCUCUCUCAACAGGCAGGGCUGCCUCUACCACGGCAUCAUCCAGCACGAGAUCAACCACGCUCUGGGCUUCCAGCACGAGCAGACCAGGAGCGACCGCGACUACUACGUCAGGAUCAACUGGGAGAACAUCGACCCGCAGAUGGCCUACAACUUCUACAAGCAGAACACCAACAACCUCAACACCCCCUACGACUACUCCUCCAUCAUGCACUACGGAAGAACAGCCUUCUCCAUCCAGUACGGGAUGGACUCCAUCACCCCCAUCCCUGACCCCAACGUCCAGAUCGGCCAGAGGGAGGGCAUGUCCUACUGGGACAUCAUGAGGAUCAACAUGCUUUAUGGCUGCUAA